AUUCCAUGUAUUUAUCAUUUUUGAGACAUAACGCGCAGGCGCAUUUAAACUUUCUGCCUGUGUCCAGAAGCAAGCAAGAUGGCCUCCGCACCAAAGUUGUUUGCUCGUUUAGCUGUUUUUACUCCUGGCCAUGGUGCAAGAAACUUGAGUGUAUCACAACACCAGAAUGCUACUUUAAAAGACAUUCGCUUGCGAUUAAAGUCUGUGACCAACAUUCAAAAAAUCACCAAAACUAUGCAGAUGGUUUCUGCUGCAAAGUAUGCCAGAGCUGAACGGGAACUUAAACCUGCUCGUGUAUAUGGCACUGGAGCUACUGCACUGUAUGAAAAGGCAGAAUUAGAGUCGGACAAGUCCAAGCCAAAUCACUUACUUAUUGGCAUCUCCUCUGAUCGUGGUCUCUGUGGUGGUAUUCAUUCGUACAUUGCAAAAGCUAUCAAAGCGCAACUACUGGAGAAGCCCGCUGGUGUUAAUACCAAAUUGAUUGUAUGUGGUGACAAGGCUAAAGCUAUUUUGCAGAGGACUCAUGCAAAUGAUAUCCUAUUUCAUUUCUCUGAACUUGGACGUAAGCCACCAUUGUUUGAAGAGGCUUCUUUCAUUGCUGAAAAUAUAUUAGAAUCUGGUUAUGAGUUUGAUGUAGCUGACUUGUUGUACAAUAAAUUCAAAUCAGUUGUCUCCUACAACACUACACCACAGGAAAUCUUCUCCUUUAACACGUUGAAUGCUUCAGAAACUAUGUUGCAAUACGAUGACGUAGAUGAGGAUGUAUUGCGCAAUUACCACGAGUUCUCCCUCGCAAAUAUUAUUUUCUAUGGCAUGAAGGAAUCUGCUUGCUCUGAACAGAGUGCAAGAAUGACUGCGAUGGAUAACGCAACGAAAAACGCUGGCGAAAUGAUUGGUCGAUUACAAAUCACAUACAAUCGUACCCGACAAGCUGUUAUCACGACAGAACUUAUUGAAAUCAUCUCAGGUUCAGUUGCCUUGGAAACAGAAGAUUAAUGUUGCUACUAGUUACGCGAUGUAAUUUUGUUUUUGAAAAUAGAUGUUAUUACAAAUUUAAAAA